GCUAGUCCCCCUUACUGCUGCUGAGAGAGUUAUGGCCGCCCGAGAUGAUUUACCACCAGCCUUAGACCCUCCAGCACCCGUCGGCCCAGCUGGUCAAGCCCCUGUGCAAGUUCCUGGCCAUGUUCCUGGUCCAAUUCCUGAUCCAAUUCCUGGUCAAAUUCCCGCCGCGCACAACGAAGGUGAUGGUCAAAACCCGCCAGGAGAGAUCCAACAAGAAAUCAAAAAAGCAUUCGAAGACUCCUCACUUGUGGACAUGCCAGAGAACAAGCAGAUAACAAGAUAAAACAGAUAAUAAAGUGGCGUACAGUUAUCAUAGAAACCGCAAAGGGUAAAAAGAAAGUCCGUUUAAUCCAAAUGGAUGGAUAUUCUGUACAGUAUCCCCGAAUCAUUGGCUUGUGGGAGUUGAAAAGAAAGUUUAAAGGUCUAUUCACUUUUUCAUAUGUAUUUGGUUCAACUGAGAAAAAAAUACUCCUUGAUUGAAAUUUUUUAAAGAGAAACAGUUUAAUGAGAAAUAUGGUUCAAGAGUUGAUUAGAAGCGUCAAAGGUCCCUUCACUGGAUGUGAACUAAGGUUGAUGAGACAGUGAGGGAGCUACUUUUUCACAUCCAAUUUUUCCAAUUAGAAAACUUAUAUUUCAUUUGGUAAACUCAAAGCUAUUCAAUAGUAAAUAAUAAAACCGAUAUAAGAAAUAAAUCAAUAUGAAACAGACGAAUUUGAUUAAAGAGUCGAACUAGAGGAACUUCAAAGGUCCUUUGACUGGAUGUGAACUAAGGGUAACACAGUAAGGGACGGCGACUUUUUCACGUCCAAAAUUUUCAAUUACAAAAUAAUUUUAUCUUA